UCAAGUAAAGAGCACACACGUAUGUGAAAGUCAAAGUGACAAGACAGAAAGAGAGGAAAAAGUCAAGCAAUAGUAACAAAGUUGUGUCCAGUACUUGCUUUUCCAAGGAUUUUUAUAACUAAGCUCUUUAACAGCUAUGUCUCGACGGGUGGUCCAGGCCCAGCCGGAGAGCAGGGUUCAUGAGGCAGAUCAGUGGAGCACGGGCCUGUGCGAGUGCCACAAAGACAUAGGGGACUGCUGCUUCGCCCUGUGCUGCCUCCCUGUGUUCACCUGUAAAGUGACCAGUGCAGUGGGUGCGUGUCCGUGCCUGCCUCUGCUGGACUGUAUCGGCUGCGUACCGCCUGCCUCUCUCGCCAUGAGGGCUUCUGUCAGAGAGCGAUAUGGCAUAAAGGGGAGUGUGUGGAGCGACUGCCUGUACGGAUGCUGCUGCUAUCCGCUAUCUUGGCUCCAGAUCUCCAGAGAGCUCAAGAGAAGAGCAGCAUCCCACGCCGCCGCCUCCUCCUCAUCAUCAGCCAGAUACACCUCCCUGACCUCCCUGCAGGGGGCGCACUUGGUCUAGACACAUCCUUUUUUUUUUUUUUUUUUGGUGCGCUGGUCUCCACUGCCACCGGUCCUCCAGAGCACAGCAGUUGAUUUAAUCACACUUCCGCUGGUCUGCAGGCACUGCCAGAAUUCAGAGAAUUCGGCAGGGUCCCACAGAGACAAAAGUUUGUCCUGAGAUGAGAGAGAUAAAACCAUGUUAGAAGAAUCUGAAGUAUUAGAGCAGUAGAAGUCAAAAUAUAGUUCAAAAAAGUUUUUUCUAUUAUUUUGUCACCCAUUAAUCAUCUCACAGGCCCUCAGAUUUAUCCUGUGAUGCCUUGAAAGGCCUCCAAUCCCAGGUUGAGUAACUGUAUCCAAAGCAAAGCAGCUAAACAACCUGUUACUUUCAAUCUAAACAUGUCAUAAAUAACAAUAAAUCAGCCAAAGGGGCCAUUUUUUUCCUGCAGAUUGAGUACUUUUCCUUUUUUCACUUUAAGUAUAUUUAGCUCAUAAUACUUCCACCAGUGUAUUCUUUAAUAGAGUUAAAUGUGAAUGAAGGACAUGGAUUUUAUGGAAAGGGAAAACAUGACAGUUCCAAACGUUACAGUAGACAGCUUGCAAUUGUUAUUUCAGAAACAUGGACUGACUAUAAACCAGACACUGCCUAAACGGAGAAUUACAGUUGUCACUAAGCUGAAAUUGUGAGCAAUUUUCUUAAAAAACUCAACUUCUUCGAAAGAGAAAGGGGAAGGACUCAGAGAGAACAGGAAAAAAAAAAAAAACAAGAAAUGAUUCACAACCAAAGAGCUUGGCUUUGCAGGACUCGAGCCUCCUUCACAUUUUAGAAAA